CCACAAAAUCAAACUUAUGGUGUAGCAACCAGACACGAGACGGAGAAAGAUCCCAGCAGCGUCUGAAUCCUGAGGACGGAAUCCCACCACGGGCACGGCCCACGCAGAUCCCCCUCUCCGCCGCCGCGUGCCCGUCCCGUCCUCCUCUCCUCUCCUCACCGUCACUCACCACCCGCCACACGUAACUUUUCCCCCACUUGCCUACUCUUCGUCUCUUCCUUUCCUUUUCCCCUUCUCCGAUCGCGCGGCCAUCCCCACCAACCAUGGAGAUCUCCGCCGCCGCGCCCUCCUCCAGGCCGCCGCCGCCGCCGCUGUCGCUCCUCCUCCUCCGCCCGCUCGCCUCCUCCUCGCCCGUCCCCCCCGCCACCGCCACCUCCUCCUCCACCACCAUCAUCCGCCGCCGCCCUUCCGCCUCGGCCACCGCCACCGUCCGCCGCCGCGCGCGCACCCGCCCCCGCACCCGCCGAUCCAAGCCUCCCUCCGACGCGGGCGGGCCCUUCUCCGGGGACGACGGCGACGGCUUCUUCGGCCCGGGCGGUGGCGGGGGUGGAGGAGGAGGAGGGGGGUGGUGGUGGAACCGCGGGUCUGGGUCGGGGGCUGGAUGGGAGGACUCGUCCGGCGAGCCCGACGUGCCCGCGCCGCGGAGGUCCGCGGCGGAGGCGGCGCUCGGGGUGGUGUACGAGCUCAUGUGCCUCAUCGCGCUCUCCAACUGCACCCAGUUCGCCGUGCGGAGGCUCGCGGGCCUCCUCGCCGCGCGCGUGGCGGCGCUGCGCUUCGUCCCCACCGUCUGCUGAGGGUGGGUGGGGUUCGCACGGUUCGGUCUCCUCCUGCCUUGAUCCCGUCUCUGGUGUCGGCGGAUUCGUCACUCUUGUCUGAAAUCCGCUGCCGCUUCUGUAUAUAUGUACCUGCCUGUGAUUCUAUAGGUUGGGGGGAUUGGGAUCUCUGUUCCGUGGUACUCGCUUCUGGCGAAUCGUGGAACAGCCACAAAUUCGUCGAAUUGAAACUGAAGAACAAUUGAACAUGACCUUUUAUCUUCGUUUGUUGGACUCAAGAUUGCUUGCUUAAUGCAAAUUACUUUAGGAUGUAGCCUGAUGGCUGAUGCAGUCUGAAUUCUUGUACAUAGUAGUAUUCUGUAAUCUCCAUUGCAGCUACUGGCAUUUGGGCAUGCUUAAAAUAAUUCAGAAGUGUGAUUUAAGAGUUGCAUCUCUGAUAGAAUAGUUAAACAAUUGCACUCGAAUACUUGAUAAGCUGGUAUUUCUUUCUUAGUUAAUCAUAAAAAAUGGGUAAUUGCUCUCCCGCCUGUGAUUCUAUGGGUUUGGGGGACCAUCUUUGUUUCGUCGAACUGAAAUAGAAGAACAAUUGAAUGUGGUGUUUUGUUUUCGUUGAA